AGAGACAUCUUAGAUAACAGAUACAAUGGCAUCCGCUGAAGUGAAUGUGACCGUCUUUGCCUAUCCUCAACCCGACAAGAUCGACGAGGUUGCGGCCCUUUGGAGUGAGCUUUCACGUCAAGUACAGGCCAAUGAGCCCGAUACCCUAUUCUAUUAUGCCUACGUCAAUCGAGAUCGGACCGCGGUCAUUGUCGUCGAGAGAUACCGCAACCAAGAAGCAUAUGAAAAACAUGGUCAGACGCCUUGGUUCCAGACGUUCAUGGCCAAGGCGGGGGGGUUGAUGGCCAAGCCUCUUGACAUUCAGCGGGGGAGUGGGCAAUUGCCCGAGUCAUCUAAGAUCUCCCGCCUGUAGAUCGAACUGCC